GGUAAUCACUGGGAAAGAAGAUUUUGCCAUCCCUAACUAGACUAGAGUAGAUUUGAUAUUUUUAUGACUGACAAUUAAUUAUGCAAAUGGUUGACCUGGACCUUGGAAACUAUGAACGGUUCUUGGAUAUCAAGUUGACUCGAGAUCACAAUAUCACUACUGGCAAGAUUUACCAGGCAGUUAUUGACAAGGAGAGGAAGGGUGAUUAUCUGGGAAAAACUGUUCAGGUUGUUCCUCACAUUACAGAUGCAGUUCAAGAAUGGAUCGAGCGCGUGGCCAAGAUACCAGUUGAUGGAAAGGAAGGUGCACCUGAUGUUUGUGUCAUAGAACUGGGUGGAACUAUAGGAGAUAUUGAGUCCAUGCCCUUUAUUGAGGCUCUAGGCCAGUUUUCAUGCCGUGUUGGUCCUGGAAACUUUUGUUUGAUUCAUGUGAGCCUUGUGCCUGUGUUAGAUGUUGUUGGUGAACAGAAAACAAAGCCAACCCAGCACAGUGUUAGAGGAUUGAGAGGCCAGGGAUUGACACCCCAUAUCCUAGCUUGUCGCAGCACUACGGCACUUGAUGAAAAUGUGAAGGAGAAGCUGUCUCAGUUUUGCCAUAUUCCGGCAGCAAACAUCAUCACACUCUAUGAUGUUCCUAACAUCUGGCACAUCCCUUUGCUUCUAAGAGACCAGAAAGCUCAUGAAGCGAUUUUGAAAGUGCUUAAUCUUCACAGUACUACUAAAGAGCCUGUUUUAAAGGAGUGGACCUCUAGGGCUGAAAUCUGUGACAAUUUACAUGAGCCAGUAAGAAUUGCCAUGGUUGGGAAGUAUACAGGCCUUUCAGACUCCUACCUCUCUGUACUAAAGGCCCUUUUACAUGCUUCUGUUGCCUGCCGCAAGAAACUUAUUGUGGAUUGGGUCCCUUCUAGUAAUCUUGAGGAUGGAACAAAAAAUGAGAAUCCUGACGCUUAUAAGGCUGCUUGGAAGUUGUUAAAGGCUGCAGAUGGCAUUCUUGUUCCAGGAGGUUUUGGUGAUAGAGGAGUGCAAGGAAAAAUUCUUGCAGCCAAGUAUGCCCGUGAGCAAAAAAUUCCAUUUCUAGGCAUUUGUCUGGGAAUGCAAAUUGCUGUCAUUGAGUUUGCAAGAUCAGUUAUAGGCCUGGAAGAUGCUAAUAGCACUGAGUUCGAUCGCAAUACCAAGCAGCCCUUUGUUAUAGUUAUGCCUGAGGCGUCAAAUACACAUAUGGGAGGUACCAUGCGUCUUGGAUCAAGAAGGACAAAUUUCCAAGUAAUGGACUGCAAAUCAGCAAAAUUAUAUGGAAAUCAAAGGUACAUCGAGGAACGACAUAGGCAUAGAUAUGAGGUAAAUCCAGACAUGGUAGCAGCCCUUGAACAAGCUGGCCUCUCUUUCACUGGCAAGGAUGAAACUGGUCAACUCAUGGAGAUUAUUGAAUUGCCUAAUCACCCUUACUAUAUUGGCGUCCAAUUCCACCCUGAAUUUAAAUCAAGACCCGGAAGGCCUUCUGCUUUGUUCUUAGGGCUAAUAGCGGCGGCUUGUGGGAAGUUAGAUUCUGUAUUACAAGGCCAUGACAGCCGAGAGAAGCCCCAUUGCGAAAUUGGUAAUCAUCUCCCUCCCAAGAAAGCCUACCAAAAUGGGCAUGCUCCAAAGCCUGCAGCUAUCUUGCCUGACGCUCCUCUUAGUCCUCUAUACAGCUUUUGCAACAGUGUGCGCUCUUGAAGACUAGCUAGCUAUUAUAUCUUGAGUUAUGGUUUGCGCUGAUGCUAAUUUUACCCAGGUUUAGUUCAGUUUGCCAUGUAUAGAAACUGGUGAGAGUGCAUUAACGGAGCUGAAUCCCCUAUUAUUUAAAGGGGCAGCCUGAAUGUUAUCUUUGGUUAAGAACACUCCUGUUUCUUUGCAUCAAACUAUCCUAGCUAUUCGACGUUUCUUGUCCCAAUGUCUUGUAUUGACCUUGGUUUGUUGGUUGUUCAUCAAGUCAAAAGCAUGACAAUAACCUGCCUCAGGAACC